AUGAGUGACAAAGAAGCCAAUAUGGAAGAAUUCAACACAGAUCCUAAGCUAUUCAUGAGAGUCAUGAGAGAUGAAUUUCUCAAACUCAAGUUGGAGCUAGCGGAGCUAAAAGCAUCCAAAGCAAGUAGUGGUGACGAGGAGGUGAUUAGAUCUGGUUCUUCAUCCUCAAAGAAUAGGAGCGGACCUGAAAAACGUGAUUUGGACACCUAUAACCCAAAGAUCAAGUACCCUACCUUCAAGGGUAAUAUAAAUCCAGAUGCAUACCUUGAUUGGGAGAUGAAGUUUGAGCAAAUCUUCAGAAUGAAUGACUGGCCAGAAGAAAAGAAGGUAAAAUUUGCUUCAUAUCAAUUUUUUGACUAUGCUAUUGUUUGGUGGGAAGAUUUACAGCUUAAAAGGCGCCUUAAGGGCAAAGGACCACCUCAUACAUGGUCAAAGCUAAAGAAACUCAUGCGCAACAAGUAUGUCCCUAGUUACUACUACCGAGAGCUAAAUAGAAAGUUACGACUGUUUGGCCAAGGCUCUAUGACUGUAGAUGAAUAUGUGCAUGAACUUGACCUUCUUAAAAUGCGAGCUGGAGUACAAGAAGGACAAGAAGCAAGCAUGACCAGAAUCAUUGAUGGGUUAAGAUGUCAUGGAAAAGGCAUAUUGCUUCCCAAUGUCCCAAUAAGAGGGCUAUGA